UAACGGCCGUGGCGGCGGAGUCUUCCACUGAGCCGCAAUCCAACACCAAGACAGCGACGUGUCAGCACCUCCGCCGCCGCAACUGUCUCCACACACGCCGCCUCGUCCGCCGCCUUUCACCAUUCAUCUCUUUCGGUAACCAAUUUUCAAUUUUACCCCCAAAAGCUUUUACACUGUUCUUCGAAUGCGACGUCGUCUUCUCCUUCCAAAGAAAAACAGUUUGAUUAUUAAUUUGAUCCUCAGAAAUUAAAAAGAAAGGUUUUGGGAUAUGGAUUUUACUUAUCGGCCUUAUGUUGAUCCAGAAUUUGAAGUUCUUAUUGAAAGAAUCCAUCCCCCAAGGGUUUGUGUGGACAAUGAUACCUAUCCAGACUGCACUCUUGUCAAGGUUGAUAGUGCCAACAAGAAUGGGAUGCUUCUUGAAAUGGUCCAAGUUCUUACCGAUCUCGACCUGGUUAUCUCCAAAUCUUACAUCUCCUCUGAUGGCGGCUGGCUCAUGGAUGUGUUUCAUGUGACUGAUCAACAAGGGAACAAACUCACCGACGAAACCCUCAUCUAUUACGUGGAAGAGGGUAUUUGUGCGAGUCGACAAGCCUCGAUGAAAGCUAAGCCGAUCAACCGCCAAGAAGUGAGGCCUCGUCACGUGUUGACAGGUCACAUGGCGUUGGAAAUGACCGGCGUCGACCGGCCCGGCGUCCUCUCGGAGAUGACCGCCGUCCUUGCCGAGCUCGGCUGCCACAUCUCCGCCGCCGCGGCGUGGACACACAACAACCGGGCCGCGUGCAUCAUCUACGUCGAUGACGACACGACCAGCAGCCACGCACCAACAAUGGACUCAUCCCGCGUCGCGCAAGUCCAGGCGCAGCUCGAGCAUGUCGUGGAGGCGCACCACCAGACCAACGAGCGGCGCAGCGUCCGGCUGGCAGCGCCGGCGGCGGUGGGGGGCCAGACCACCCACACGGAGCGGCGGCUCCACCAGCUGAUGGCGUCCGACGAGGACUACCAAGAAUGCUCGUCGUGUCGCCGGUGCGACUGUGAAUGGGACAACCUCUACGCCUACUACGGCCGAGGAUGUCCCGACAAGGGCGGCAAUAAAGAGUGUGACGCCACGCAUGUGAAGAUCGAGAAUUGCGCUGAAAAUCAUUACUCGAUUAUUACGAUAAGGUGUCGGGAUCGGCCGAAGCUGUUAUACGACACGCUAUGUACGUUGACGGAUCUUCAAUACAUCGUCUAUCAUGCCGCGAUUAGCUCCCAUGAUUCCACGGCAUUUCAGGAGUACUAUGUAAGACAUAAGGAUGGCGGGACAUUGCGCGGGGAAGGAGAAAAGCAUAGAGUUUUGAAGUGUUUGAUCGCUGCCACCGAACGGAGAGUUUCUCAUGGGUUGCGGCUCGAGAUCUGCACCGUCGAUAAGGCGACGCUAUUAUCCGACACGACGAGGGUAUUCCGGGAGAGCGGGCUAUCGAUAGCGCGGGUGGAGUUUGGCGUCCGCGGCGAGAAGGCAGUUGGGACGUUCCACGUGAAGGACAUGUCGGGGGACACCGUGGCUCCGGAGACGGUUGAGAUGAUCAGGAAGGAAAUUGGAGGCAGCAUUAGCGUCGAAAAUAUCGACUCUUAUUCAGAGGCCUUAACGCCGUUGACGACGAGCAGCUGCGGCGGCGUGGUGGAGCGGCCGAGGUUUAAGUUGGGAGGGCUGCUGUGGGCGCAGCUGGAGCGGCUUUCCGGGAAUUUCAAGGCCGUAAGAUCUUGAACGUACGUUCGAUCGGACUCUGCAGAAAAUCGACGGCCGGAUUUAAUCCGGCUUCUUGUAAAUGGCAAUCCAUGCUGGGGUGCCCGGCCGUUCUGUAAAUGCAAAAUGCAAAUUAUAGAAAAAUCACUGCUGACCCUUCAUCGUUACACUAUCAUUUUUGCGUGUUUCACGCAAAUUAAUUCAUUUAUAAAUAUCAAAAUAUUUUAUAUUUUUAUAA